CUCUAUUUACUUACAUGUGGCAUCACUAGUUCAGUCUGACUAAUGUGAAGAAACGCUCGUUCAAUUACCAUAGUAGCCACGGUAACAAAUGUGCUUGUUAUUUUAUCAAUACGCAAAAGGUCAAGAAGCAAGAUAAGUUGCUAAAAAAUCUGAAAAUUUGUAACAUGAGUAAGUUAGAAGAUCUUUUAGCAAAGAAAAAAGCGGUGGUUCCUGUACUCGAUCUAAGUAAGAAUAUCGUUCAGACAAAGGAAGAGUUUAAGCGUCUAAUGGAAAAAGUGCCCGAUUAUAAAAUGCGCCCAAUCAAAGUACGUGCAGACGAAAUAAAGAUUAAGGAGAGAGAUUUCUCAUUUAAGAUUUCAAAGAAAGAGGUGCGAAAACUAUUAAAGCAUAACGGCGAGCGGGAACCGAUUUAUAUAUACGGAGAUCCUAUACCGUCAGAAAUGAAGGACGUACCUAUAAUGGACUUAUGCUCAGUUCCAAUUGAUUGGAAGAUGCUUACCACGUUACGGCCAAAGUCUAAGCAAGAGGAAGAGUACUUUAGUCGAAUGACUGAGAUGGCCAAGAUGCAAUUGAAGACCGAAAUGCGCGACCGUAGGGAGUUCAUGCUUAAUAAUUGCAUAAAAAAGAAUAAAAAUAAGUCUGGGAUUGUAGAAACUAAGUUGGCUGUGUGUGUUGAAUGCGGGCAAGAAAUGUGCUGUGGAAAAUCCUGCAUGGAUUUCAAUUAUGAUCUAUAUGUACGUAUAGAACCAAAAAUUCCAAAGCCCAAACAGCCCGUAAAUAACAUAAACAAAGGAAAAAUAUCGGGACGGAAGCCUUUCACCAAGAAUGGAAUAAAGAACAAAUCAAACAAGAAAAAAUCGGCCACUUCUGCUAUGCCAAUGGCUUAAUACUUUUCAUUAAAUAAAUGAAACAAACUGUAUUCUAAAAUCUAAAACAUUACAAAAAAACAUUUACGAGUAAACCAA